AAAAAGUUAAUCCACAAUUUAUUUUUUUUAAUCCACAAUUUUUAACACAUUACUGUUUGGAAUGUACUCUAUUUGUAAAUCCCUGGAAACAGUAAUCUCUGUUCCUACGCCAAGUGUACUGUCCUAAGACACUGCAGGCAUCAUUCUUACCCUUUAAAGGCCAACGGGGUUGUCUUUGCAUUUUGUGUCUCUUAAUUACCCUCACUGGCCAAAACACGGAAGUGAAAAGUCUACAUUAUCUGGGACCCUCUACAAUAUCUUGGUACAGGGCUGCGGUCCGCUCUCGAUCUCCCCACUAAUUCCGAGCCUGGCGGAUUCUAUCCACGGGACACUGGCCAGAAGGAAGUGCCCCAAAAGGGUCCAUCAAGGCACAGCCCGCGCACUCCAGCCGCCAGAUGCAAAGCCUGGCGCCUGGCCGCCACCGAGGAUUUCUCCGAAAGAGCCGACCCCACCAGCUCCCUCAGAAAAGAAAACAAAGCAGCCACGAGAACCCGGAUGUAACCGCACCGUCACCAGCGAGAUUGCGCAUGCGCAUCUGAGGGGGUGUGCCCCCGAGGUGGGCGGGGCCUGUAGAGAGCAGGGCGUUGAUUGGACAGGAGAAGAGACACGCCCGCUACACCUAGUUUCUGCGCAUGCCCCAAACGUCAACUUCUAGUAUUUUCUGGACUACUCCGAGGACUGCCCGCGCAGUUCGCGUCCGGACGUCAAAGGGGGAGGACGUCACUGUUCUGUUAUCGAACGCUUAUCCAAGGCGUCUGUGCGUCCUCAGCUUCGAGAGUUAAGCACCUGGUGGGCCUUUCUCUUCAUCCUGAGGGAGGCGUCGGCGGCCUGCGGCGCUGCUGGGUGUGAGAGAAGAGAGCUUUCGUGAGGAAAAGGCCGCCUAGGUCGCGGGCGGAGAUGUCCGACUACGUGAGCGACCUGUGGCCCGGCUCGCCGCAGGAGUCCCCGGCCGCCUCGGGCUCCGACCGCUCCAGCCGGCCGUCCUCGCGGUCGCGGAGCCGCUCCUCUACGCGGAGCUCCCGCUCCGGGCCCCGUCGCGGAGCAGAAGCCCCUUGCGUUUGAGUGAGAAAGAUCGAAUGGAGCUGUUAGAAAUAGCAAAAGCCAAUGCCGCAAAAGCUUUAGGAACAACCAACUUCGACUUGCCUGCUAGUCUCAGAACCGUUUCUCUACCUAAAGAGACAAGCCAUGGAGCAGCUGUAGCAGGUGAUGGUGCACAAUUCAAGCUGUCAGAAAAGCUAACAGAAGAUGGAACUAAAAAUUCCAAUGAAAAGUCUUCCCAGCAGAGAAACACAGCUGUUAGUGCUAAUAGUUCUGUAGCAAAACCAAAGGAGAAUACAGCUAACAUUGCUGCUGAAGAGAAAGCUUCAGGAUUACCAAAAAUAGAUAAGAAAAAAAGCCCAUAUGGACUGUGGAUACCUGUCUGAAAGAAGAAAAUGAAUGGCUAAGGUUGCCUCAAACUGCACUUUAUUACAAGUUUGUUUCCAGCAUUAUCCCAUAUCUUUGAGUCAUUUUUGGUAAUUAUUACAAUUAAAAACCAAUGCAAAGAUCCAUAAAUACUUACUAGUAAAAUAUUAAUAUUUUAGGUUUUGAAAAUCUGAGCGCACAAAUGGACCAGAAAUUACAUACAGGUGGGAGUCUUAAAUAUACAUAUAUAUAUAUUUGUAAAUACUGUGUAUCAGUUGUGAUGUUUAUAAGACACAGUGUUUGAACUGUGUGUUUUGUAUAUUUAAUAAAAUUAUUUUUAUUAUUUGUC